AUGUCCAGCCCACCAUUUACGGUCAAAGCGGUCUUCGAGUAUUCGUCGAGCCACGAGGAUGACCUAACAUUUUCAAUCGGCCAAAUCAUCACCGUCACUGCGGAGGAAGAUGCAGAGUGGUACUAUGGCGAAUACACAAACGAGUCGGGUAGCAAGACAGAAGGCAUCUUCCCAAAGAAUUUUGUGGAAAAGUAUGACCCUCCGGCUCCUCCGCGACCGACGCGCCCAAGUAGGCCAAAGAAGGAAGCCGAUGUCGCCCCUCCGCCUGCGCCUGUUGCAGUCGAGACUCCGGUUGAGAGUCAUCCCCCGCCGGAGCCAGAAGUAGAGGAGGCUCCUGCCGAUGAACCAAGGAGUGUUCCCAAUCCUCCCCAAUCGCCUCCCCCUCCUUCAGAACCUUCGCUCAGUGAGGUUGCGUCCCCGCCUAAACCGGCGCCUGCUCCAGCUUACCAGCCGUCUUCACCCGAAGCGAGAGAGCCGGCUCCAAAGGCUUCGCCGAAGCCUCCGCCACCUGCGGUUGCUGAGAAACCUGCCUCGUCCUCAUUCAGAGAUCGUAUCGCAGCAUUUAAUAAACCAGCAGCGCCUCCGGUUGCACCUUUCAAGCCAGGGGGUUGGAGUUCCGGGGGCUCUAAUACUUUCAUCAAGAAACCGUUCGUUGCCCCACCACCUAGCAAGAAUGCCUAUGUGCCCCCACCAAGGGAGGCUCCUCCCAAGAUAUACAAGAGAGAGGAGGAUCCAGACGUCCAGGAAAGUGUUUCGCGUGAGCCGCCCGCUUCUGAAAGUCGACCUGCGCCGAUCGAAACCACCGAGAAUAAGGAGGAAGACCAGCCUAAGCCGACAUCUCUGAAGGAGCGGAUAGCUCUUCUUCAGAAGCAACAAAUGGAGCAAGCUGCACGCCAUGCUGAAGCUGCCCAGAAGAAAGAAAAGCCGAAGAAGCCCCCUCCGAAGAAGCGCGCAGAGUCAUACGAGGGAGCCGCCCCAGCAGAGGAGCCGAGUGCGGAGAGACCAGGCUCGAUGGAAUCUGCGCGGGAUCCUAGUGUUGACACUGUGAAGCCUGAUGCCUUACCUGUGCCACAACCACCUAUGUCUCCGCCACCUGCACGCGAACCGGCGAGUGAUGCCAACGACGCUGAUGACUCUGCCGCCGCUGAUAUUGAAGAUGCGGAGGAAACUUCUACAAGCAAAGAAGAUUACGAUGAGCGUGCCCGUGCUGAAUCUCGCCAUGUGGCUCAACCCCAGGAACAGAAGGGAGAAGAAAGUGAAAAGGACGGGCGCGAUGACAACGAAGAAGAGGAGGAAGAGGAAGAAGAAGAGAUCGACCCAGAGGUCAAGCGCAGAAUGGAACUUCGUGAAAGGAUGGCAAAAAUGAGUGGUGGAAUGGGCAUGAUGGGCUUUUUCGGUCCUCCUGGCGGUAUGCCUCUUCCUGGUGCAGCCCCUCGUAAGCCCAAGGCGACUACAGAACCCGAGAGAAGCAAUAGAGACGUGGAGCCGACUUCGCCAGCUGCUGCACCCCCUGUUCCUGUUAUGGCUCUUCCAGGGAUGAAUACUACCAAACCGGCAGCACCUCCAACUGUGGAAAAGGAGGAAGAAGAGGCCCCAACUACUCCUUUAGCGGAACAGCAUCCUGCAGAAGAAGUUCCUGAUGUCGAGGAGGUUGUUCCAGAAGAGCCUCCUCGUCCUGUCUCAUCAGACAGGGCACCUGCACCUCAAGAGCGUUCAGCACCUCCUCUUCCACCUUUGGAAACCCGGCCUGUUCCUCCUCCUGUCCCCCAGGGUCAGCCCCUGUCCCCUCCACCGGUGCCUGAACCCCGUCCAGUUCCUCCUCCCGUGAAGAACUCCACAUCCGGCGACCCGGGCGAGGAGUCGGAUGAUGAGCUUUCCGUGCAUGCUCAAAACUUGUCUCUGAAUGCUGCGGCAACCGAUAGGUCUGCCUCUCCUCCAUCGGUGCCAGCGCCUCCAAUUCCUGAUCAUGUUGACUCGCGUCGUUUGUCGACUUACGAUGCUACGUCCCCGAAAUCACCAACUUUCUCUUCAGAGAAGAGAUUCAGCCGCCAGCCCCCACCCAUCCCGGCAAAUCCUCCCAUCCCGUCGCAAACGCGGCCACCACCUCCACCUCCUCCCGGUGAUCUCCGUCGCAGAUCAACCGCUGAUAGUCGUGUCAGCGCAGCCUCACAGCUUCGCCAAACCGGAGAGGAAGUAGAAGGCGAAGUCACGGAGUAUGACGGUGACUAUGAUACAGACAUUGCGUCCGGGGCAAAGUUCAAAGAUGCAUUGAAAGCUCAUGGACGUGAUUCAAGCAUUGACGAAGACACCAUCACGGAUGACCAUUCUCUCCAGUCACCACGAAGUCCCCACGAGACCCGUCUUCCGCCACCGCCUCCUCCGUCCGCACCCAGAGCAGUCCCACCACCACCCCCUGUUCAACCCCCUCGAAGCGCUGGGAGAGCUUCCAUGGAGUCUCCUAGAGGACCGCCUCCACCUCCGCCCCCACCCCACAGGGAGCUAUCUUAUGGUGAUGAUGAUGAGUACGAUCCUUAUCGUUACACCACUCCCCAGCAUGGGUUGCCUUCCCCGAGAGCACCACCUGUACCUGCCGAGCGACGAUCGGUAGUUCCACCCGUCGCCCAGCCCGAAAAUGUUGAUGAUUCAGACGACAUGUAUGAAGCAUCCCCAGUACAAUCACCACCUCUGCCUCCUGUUCCUACGUCGCCCGAAAGGCGUAGCUCAGUGGCGCCUCCACCACCUCCCAGCAUGCCUCCCCCUAGCGCUGCCCCUCAACCUCCAUCCACAUCACGGAGCAAUCGUGCAUCCUUGGAUGUUCCGAGAGGCCCAUCCAACCUGCGGAGGUCUAUGGACAUAAACCGUCCUUCUGUUGAUCAGGGUUACAUUGCCAUGGAUGUUGAUUUGGCGGAACACACGCUGUGGUGGGCGCAACCGAAUAAUCCUCCUCCUGCCUUCCAAAACAGGAAAGAUGUUCUGUUCGAAUUUGAAGAUUCCGGCCCUGCAAAUCGUAGCGGAAGUAGCACGGUUACCAAAGAAGUCUAUAUUCUAUUCAUCGACUACUCUCAAACUAUAAUCACCGUGAACUUCGAUGCUCGGAAUCCUUCCGAUGCGACUCUGGAGCAACGCCAUGAAGCUCCCCCUCUCCAACCUCGCCAGGACCAACUCGAAAAUGCACAUCUCCAAAUCGGAACCCGCAUCGCCACUGCUGUGAACGGCAUCCAAAAUACAACUGUUGCAGAUGGCACUCCAUUCGGUCUAGUUCAGCACCUGCUCAGUCCCAUCACAGAUGCCCUACACCCUGUCGGCACACGUGCCUACGGUGCUUUAGUUUAUUCCAAUCUGGCCAACGCGUCCGUACAGCAAAAUGACGAAAUCCGUGCCGGUGAUAUCGUUAGCUUCCGUAACACACGCUUCCAAGGCCACCGUGGUACCAUGCAUCAGAAAUACAGUGCCGAAGUCGGCAAGCCUGACCAUGUCGGCAUUGUUGUUGACUGGGAUGGCACCAAGAAGAAGAUCCGCGCAUGGGAACAGGGUAGGGAAAGCAAGAAAGUCAAGGUGGAAAGCUUCAAACUCAAUGAUUUGCGCAGUGGAGAGUGCAAGGUCUGGCGGGUAAUGCCUCGCAACUGGGUUGGCUGGGGCAAAUGA